AUGCUGUUGGUGUGCGGAGCCGAGGCCCCGGAGCCGAGUCUGCAGCAGAAGAAGAAGAAGAACGAGAACAACAACAACAACAAGAACAACAAGAACAAGAACAACAACAACAACAACAAGAACAAGAACAACAACAACAACAACAACAAGAAGAACAAGAAGAACAAGAAGAACAAGAAGAACAAGAAGAACAAGAAGAACAAGAAGAACAAGAACAAGAAGAACAAGAAGAAGAACAAGAAGAACAAGAACGUGCCAAAUCGACAGUUUUAG